GGCGUUUCCCCUUUAAGGCGAUGUGGCCGGUCUGCGCAGGCGCGUGAGGAUAAGCGGGGGCUGGCUCCAAAAGGGACGUUGUCUGUACAGCUUGUGGGGCAGAAAAACAUGGGGAAGCGGGAUAAUCGAGUGGCCUUUGUUAAUCCAGUAGCCCUUGCAAGAGCUCGAGGCCCUGCUCCUUCUUCAGGACCUUCUAUUCAAGAUUACUUGAGUCGGCCAAGACCUACUUGGGAAGAAUUAAAACAGCAGCUUGAGAAAAAGAAGAAAGGUUCAAAAACUCUUGCAGAUUUUGAGGAGAAAAUGAAUGAGAAAUGGAGAAGAGAACUUGAGAAAAACAGAGAGAAGAUUCUUGGUGGAAAUGAAAGUUCUUCCAAAAAGAGAGAGAAAAAACGAAGGGAAAAGAAGAAAAGUAGGCCGUCUUCAUCUUCUUCCUCAUCAUCAAGCUCUGAUUCUUCCAGCAGCUCUUCGGACACUGACAAUAAGGAUGAAAAGAAACAUGUUAAGAAGAAACGCAAGAGAAAGCAUAGUACCGUGAGAAAAUCCUCAGUUGAUUCCCGGGCCGAAUGUGACAUGGAUAAUAAGGAAACCACAAAGAAUAAAAAGAGAAAGAUCAAGGAGGAAACUGAAAAAGAACGAGAUAAAAAGAAGAAGCGUGAUCAUGCACAGAGAAGAUCUUCAGAGGAAGAGUCAGACUCAGCUGAAGAGAAUAAGAUGCAGUCAAGGAAAAAGAAAAAUAAUGACGAGAGAGAUAAAACUGCAAUGUGGCCACUAAUGAUCGCUCUGCUGCUGGCAACCUUGGCUUCUGCUGCAGUGAUGUGCCCAGAUGGAAGUCCUUGCCCAGAUCAAUCAACAUGUUGUAAGCUUGAAUCUGGUAAUUAUGACUGCUGCCCAGUGGAAAAGACAGUCUGCUGUUUUGGUGGCUCGAAGUGCUGUCCAAGAGACUCCACAGGUGAUUUCUCUCCAUCAUCUACGGCACUGAAGUAUCAGAGCAUUCCAGCGGAAAGCAAGACGCCCGAAAUGGAGGCAAAUGCUCUGAGCAACAGUGUUAGCAGUGACAGCUCCGUAAUUUAUUGCGAUAAGUUACAUUACUGUCCAAAUGGAAAUACCUGCUGUAGAAUGCAGAAUGGAGAUUGGAGCUGCUGUCCACAAACUUCGGCCGUUUGUUGUAAAGAUGGUGUCCACUGCUGUCCUCAUGGCACCAAAUGUGAUAUUCAAAGGUUAAGGUGUAUAAUGGAUAGUAACAGUAUCCCAUGGCUUAUCAAGAAACCUGCUCAGAUUGUGUCAGAAGAUCUACAGAAUAGUCUCAGCAGUGAUGGCCCACUGGUUUAUUGUGAUGACACCCAUGUUUGUAAAGCUGGAAGCACGUGCUGCAAGAUGUGGUCUAAAGAAUGGGGAUGCUGCCCAUUUCCUAAUGCUCAUUGUUGCUGGGAUGGGCUACACUGCUGCCCCAGAUUCCACUACUGUGAUUGGAAAAGACAUCUCUGCAAACGUUUUUUCCCUCCAUACAACAAAUUCCAGUUCUCAUCAGCCAAAAAUGCAGAAGAAUCUGAAAAUUUUUAAAGCCAUCCUGUGCACGUAAUGCUGCUGAAUUUAAGUUGACAGAGAAGACGUUCUAUUUUGCAGCUACAGAUGUAGAAACAGCAUCGAUUUUGUUAAGUUGCUAUUUGUUUCUUUUUGUUAGAUACUUCCAGUAAUCAGAUUUUUUUUCAAAAAUCAUUCUUUAUUUGGCUACUUUACUAGAAUUUGUCUAAAAGAAUAUAAUCAGCUUGUCAAAUUUGUUUUUCUUUUGUUUUAAGGCAACUCUUCAUUGGCUUUUAGCAGCAAACACAUGUAUCUUAUUAAUCACAAUUAAACAAGCAUCAAAAAUGUG